UCAAAGACUGUCAAAGAUCCCCCUACAAAUGGUCUGUGACUCUUUUUAAUCAAAAUUGAUUAAAUUAGAUGUAAUGAAACAGUAGACAAUACAUACGUUUGAUUUAAUGAUCUUUCAAAUAUUUCCCAGUUAUUUCAGAACAAUGCGCGUGCGUUCAAAAUACACCAAGAUACGACAGACACAAAUAUAUAAAACACAAGUGUGUUACUUUAAUUCCUUUUCCUCAUGGCUUUCUUUUUACUCUCUUUCUGAUGGAGGCAUGUAGCUCAGAAGAGACGGACUCAUGAUAAUGACAGAUGUGAACUCGGGCGGAGUUCAGAGCUGUGAAAACUAACUGCACGCGCUUUAACCAGAGCGAAGCUCUUUCUUCUUAGAAGGCGUUUACCUUCUGAUAUAUCAUACAUUGGAACCUUUUUUGCUGGAUAAUCCAAACAACUUUACGCAGAGUUGCUGCCACCAGCACUAGAAAUAACAACGACACAAGACGCUGAAGAAAAGUAGGCUGUGUAUCGCACGAGAGCUUCGAGAGGGUGUGGGAGAGGAGGUACUCCCAUCUCCAUGGCCUAUACUCUGGCCUCAGGCCCCGAAGCGGGUCCUGCCAUUGGGGCCCAGCACUGCAUCACAAAGGUAGAGCUCUCUGUCUGUGGCUCCAACCUUCUGGACCGUGACGUGGCAUCCAAGUCUGACCCCUUCUGUGUUCUUUUACACGAUGUGGACGGCAACUGGGUGGAGUUGGCUCGAACAGAGACUGCUGUGAACAACCUGAAUCCAGUAUUCGGUGUGAAAUUCCAAGUAGAUUACCACUUUGAGGAGGUCCAGAAGCUCAAGUUUGCCAUGUUUGAUGAGGACAAAUGCAGCAGCCAGCUUGAUGAACACGACUUUCUGGGCGAGUUCACCUGCACACUGGGAGUGAUUGUGUCAAAUAAGAAGCUACAUCGACCACUGAUUCUGGCUAAUGGCAAGCCAGCAGGGAAGGGGGCUAUCACAAUAACAGCCCAGGAGUUAUCAGACAACAGAAUAAUCACCCUAACCAUGUGUGGGAGGAAGCUGGAUAAAAAGGACUUCUUUGGUAAAUCAGAUCCCUAUUUAGAAUUCCACAAACAAGGGGAUGAUGGGAAAUGGAUGAUGGUUCACAGAACAGAGGUCAUCAAGAACACUCUGGAUCCUGUAUGGAAGCCUUUCACGGUGCCUCUAAUCUCACUUUGUAAUGGAGAUGUGGACAGAAACAUCAAGGUGCUGUGCUACGAUUACGACAACGACGGAGGCCAUGACUUCAUCGGCGAGUUUCAGACCACCGUGAACAAGAUGAGCGAAGCACAGAACGGAGUGGAGGUUGAGUUUGAAUGCAUUAAUCCCAAAAAACAGAAGAAAAAGAGCUACAAAAACUCUGGGGUCAUUAUAAUGAAGUCAUGCAAGAUUACGAGAGACUACUCCUUCCUGGACUACAUUCUGGGCGGCUGUCAGCUCAUGUUUACUGUUGGCAUCGAUUUCACAGCGUCCAAUGGCAACCCUAGGGAGACGUCGUCUCUGCAUUAUAUCAACCCAAUGGGCAGCAACGAAUAUCUGUCCGCCAUCUGGGCUGUAGGCCAGAUCAUCCAAGACUAUGACACGGACAAAAUGUUUCCUGCACUUGGAUUUGGGGCUCAACUCCCACCUGACUGGAAGGUAUCCCAUGAGUUUGCCAUCAACUUUAACCCCACCAACCCUUUCUGCUCAGGUGUGGAAGGGAUCGUUCAAGCUUACUCCAACUGCCUGCCUCACAUCCGCUUCUAUGGACCAACCAACUUCUCCCCCAUUAUCAAUCACGUGGCCCGCUUCGCUACCCAGGCCCUCCAACAGGACACUGCUGCACAAUACUUCACGCUACUUAUCAUCACUGAUGGUGUGAUCAGCGACAUGGAUGAGACGCGUCAUGCUGUAGUUCAAGCCGCCAAACUGCCCAUGUCCAUCAUCAUCAUCGGGGUGGGCAACGCCGACUUCAGCGCCAUGGAGUUUCUGGACGGAGACAGCAGCGCACUCAGAUCCUACACGGGAGAGGAGGCGGUCCGAGACAUCGUGCAAUUUGUCCCAUUCAGGGACUUUCGUAACGUUCCGAAGGAAACUUUAGCCAAAUCCGUAUUGGCAGAGCUGCCGCAACAGGUCACACAGUAUUUCAAGCAGAGGAACCUGUCGCCUAGCAACACAAUGCCGGAAUAAGCGCUGGAGGCCUGGGGUUCACACUGCAUGUUGCCAAAACCUGCUAACUGUUUACAGACCACCCUUGACCAAUUCCAUGGACAAAGUGCAUGUUUUUUUUUUCUGUACAGAAGUGUUUUUAGUAAAUGUUUUUAUUUAUUGGUUUAUGUAUAGACAGUAUACUGUAUAUGAUGAAUUAUCAAUCUAAAGGCAACAGCCGUUUGUGUGUCUGUCACAAAGUAUUUAACAGUAUUGCCGAAUGUAACUUUAUACUACUAUUUUUUUGUGUUUUAAAAGAAGUGAAAGCUAAAGAGUACUUUAUGUAGUGAUUUGUAUUCAGUGAUAAUUGUAUGGUACCAUGGUCAAGCUGGUGUUUUUGGAAUAAAAACAACUUGAUUGAUUCA